CAUCUGGGAUGUCGAUAUCUCGGCAGUGAUGUAAUUUUGCGUGAGUUGUGUGGACAGUCUGAGCCUUGUGCGUCGAGCGAGCAGGCGUUCAACGGCUGUUGCGAAUGUUCCAAGUAAUGGCGUGGAAGCCAACUUCUCCAUAGAAGUUUAUAACUUCACUUGUCGGAACAGUACGUGAGCCGCCACCUGUGACGGGAGGAGGUCCCCCGAUGAGCGGCAGGGCGAGGCCCCGGGCCACUGGGGAGACCCCGGGGAGGAAGGGCAGCGGCCGCCAGGAGGUGUUCAGGCACCGCGGCGGCGAGUACCGCGUGGUGCGCAUGCCGGCGGACGGCAACUGCCUCUUCCACUCGCUGGCCUUCUGCCUGGGGCGAGGCUGCGACCACGUGGCCGUGAGGCGGCGCGCCGUCCAGCACGUGGUGGCCCACUGGGACCGCAGGUUCGGCCCGGCGCUGGGCGCCUACCUCAGCGACGGGGCGACGCCGGUGAGGACGGCCCCCGGCUACGCCGCCUACAUGGCGCGCCCCGGGGUGUUCGGCGGGGACGCCGAGCUCUGCGCCGCCUCCGAGGUUUACGGCGCCCGGGUGGAGGUGUUCGUGCGGGCCCGCCCCCAGGACCGCCCCCACGUGUACGACGGCGGCUCCAAGAGGUCGGCGGUGCGCCUGCUCUUCAGCGGCGGCCCCGACCGCGGGCACUACGACGCGGUGAUGCCCCUCCGGGAAUUCUCGAGCGCUCCCCCAGCGGGAGGAGGGGACACGGCCGUCAGCGGCGCCAACCCUUACAUGGCUUACAACAUCGCCUUCUCCACGCUGUUCCUGCUGUGCUUCAGUCUCCUGGCGGUGCAGCUGUCGAUGACGCCCGUCAAGUACUGACUCCACCGACACGAGUGCAAGGAAAAACACAUCUCACGUUAAUCCAACGACACUCUUCGACCAUUCUGUGUGUGUGUGUGUUUUUUAAGUGAACAAUAUCAAUCAUUUGUUGUUUGAAAAAAUAAAU